ACACUCUGUUAUACAAACAUACCCUGCAUGCUUAAAAAUAAUAACAACACAUAAAUAACUGAAUCUUUCUGAUAAGUAUUCAAAACCAAACCAAAAAAAUGAGCGAAAGAGUACCUUUAAUUUCAAAAGAAGAGGACCUUUAUUUGACAGAAAUAAAAACACCUGCUGCAAUGAGACAAAUUAAAAAGACGACACUGAAUCUGUCUCGUCUACAACACAAAUCAAAAGCUCGUGGGAGGACACAGACAACGAAAGAAGACAACACAAUAACUGAACUCAGGAUUGUACUGCUGGGAAAAACUGGAUCAGGAAAAAGUUCAACAGGAAACACCAUUUUGGGUCAAAAGUGUUUUAAGGAGGAUGUUUCACCAGUGUCAGUUACUAAAACCUGCGAGAGACGAGAUUUACAGAUUGAUGACUCCAUCAUCUCAGUCAUCGACACUCCAGGCCUGUUUGACACGACAAUGACAAAACAGAAAAUGAAGGAUGAAAUAUUGAGAUGUGUCUACAUGUCUCUUCCUGGUCCUCAUGUGUUUCUGCUGCUGAUCAAAGUGGGGAGAUUCACAGAUGAAGAGAAGAGCGCAGUGAAAUGGAUUCAGGAGAACUUUGGAGAAGAUGCUGGUCAUUACACCAUUAUUCUGUUCACUCACGCUGAUCAGCUGAAAGGAAAACCAUUAGAUGUGUAUAUCAAAGAAGGCAAUGAUCUCCAGGCUCUUGUUAAUGAGUGUGGUGGCGGAUUUCACUCAUUUAACAAUGAAGACCUGGAGAAUCUCUCUCAGGUCACCGAACUGCUGGAGAAGAUUGAGAAGUUGGUGGAGGAGAACGGAGGACAGCAUUACACUGAUCAGAUGUUCCAGGAAGCUCAGAGAAAGAUACUCAACAGAGCACAGUUCUGGUCUACGAAACCGAGGAUUGUGCUGCUGGGUAAAACUGGAUCAGGAAAAACCAGUGCGGUACAAACCAUUGUGGGCCAAGAGAGUUUGGAGAGGAGAGAUUGGACAAAUACUGAAACAUGUGAGCUACAAGAAGCACAUGUGUCUGGAAAGAGCAUCACAAUAAUUGACACUCCAGGACUGACUAAUGCAUCAUAUAAAAAGAAGAUGAAGAAUGAAAUCGAGAAAUUUGUCAUCAUGUCUAAUCCUGGACCUCAUGUGUUUCUGCUGGUGAUUAAAUUGGAUUCGAGAUUUACAGAGGAAGAGAAAAACAUAAUGGAAUGGAUUCAGGAGAACAUCGGAGAAGAUGCUGCUCAUUACACCAUCAUUCUGUUCACUCAUGUGGAUUUGCUGAGGGAAACAUUGUUAGAGGAGCAUAACAAAUACAGUCCAGAUCUCCAGGCAUUUACUGAGAGUUUUGGUAGCAGAUAUCACUCAUUUAACAAUGAAGACCCAGAGAACCGCUCUCAGGUCACUGAACUGCUGGAGAAGAUCGAGAAGAUGGCAGAGGGAAAUGGAUGGAGGUACUACACAAAUGAAAAGUUUCAAAAAAUCAUAGAAAGAGAUGUCUAUUUAGAAAAUGUUAAAGACACACUACAUAAAGUUGCAUUAGGGGUUGGACCAGUAGGAGCAGCAGCCAUGGUGACAGGAGGCAUCGUUCUGGGCGUAACGGAGCUGGUUUUAGCACCAGCACUGUUGCUUGCAGGAGGCAGUCUGUUUUUACUUGGAGCAGCUGGACUGUAUGUUGGAAAAAAAUUGAUUAAAAAGCUAAAUGAAUUGGAUACUUUUGAAAACAACUUUUUAUAUUAGACUGAUGUGGUCCCAGCUAACAAGAAUAUAUUAUAUAUAUAAAAAAAACAUUUUGCUACUGAUAUUUAACAUUAUUUCUGAAUGUUUACAGAACAUUCUAAACAUCGAGUUAAAUGUUUUAAAAAUGCUUUUUCUUGGUUAUGUUAAUGUUAGGGGAACAUUCAAUUUGGUUAAUAUUAUGGGAUUGCUACUUUUGACUGUUCUCUGAACAUUCUGAAACAAGCAUGUAAUGUUUAAAAAAUGUUUGACAAAUGUCCAACUAAAACAGUUCAGAAGAAAGCACUCCAUGAAUGAUCUAUAAAUAAAUAACCUUUUUUUUUUUUUUGUGGUAAUAUUUUGAGAACAUUUUUAAAGACCAGAUAAUUUUGAACAAACAUUAUAUUACAUUACUGGAAGAAUCAUCGUUCAUAACUUUGAGAGAACCUUGCCAAAACAUUCUGAGAACAUUUCCAGUUGGCUGGGGUAACAGAUAGAUGACACUAACAGGACUGUCAUGAAAAAAGUCAUUUUAAUGAGUGGCUUUAUGUUUCCUUUAUGUGUAAAUGUUCUUCAAUGAUUUACAUGCAUUUAGCAGAGACUUUUAUCCAAAAUGACUUGCAUUCAAGGUACAUUCAGUCAGUUCUUUUACUCCCUGUAUGGGAAUCAGAUGGAUGACCUUAACGCAAUGCAAUACUGCUUGAGCAACAAGAAGCUAUACAUCAACAUUGUAAUUUAAUCUGAGCCCCGCUAGAAAUUGUACGUUCCCAGCACGUUCCCAGAACGUCCCCGCUGGUGUCAAGGACGUCACCUGGUAACGUCCCCAGAACGUUCUGAGAAGGUCAUGAUGUCGAGUUCUUUAAAGGGUAAGGGGACGUUAUUUGGGGGACCUUAGCAGAACUUUCAGGACGUUCUCGGAACGUUUAGGGGACCAUAUUUUAUUUGGAAAUUUGACGUUCCCAGAACGUCCCCGCUGGUGUCAAGGACGUCACCUGGUAACGUUCCCAGAACGUUCUGAGAAGGUCAUGAUGUCGAGUUCUUUAAAGGGUUAGGGGACGUUAUUUGGGGGACCUUAGCAGAACUUUCAGGACGUUCUCGGAACGUUUAGGGGACCAUAUUUUAUUUGUUUUCAAGACCUUUGGGGGACCAACCUAGAAUAUUAUUUUUUGGUCCUAUUUAGGUAUUUCCAUCACAUUUAUUGAAUAUUUUCAGAACCUUUAGUAACAUUACAGUAAACUUUAGGGGAUCAAACUAUAAUGUUACUGCAACACACACUGGUUCUUGGUCUGCAAAACCCAAUCGGGCAUACGCACUGUGUCUUCACACUUAACAUAUUAAAAGAUAAAAAUACAAAGCAGGAAUUCUUCAUUCAUUUACAUUGUGGGUGAGAGAGAGGGGGCAGAGAAAGCACAAUCAAUUCAAUUGAAUUCAAACUGGCUUUAUUGCCAUGAAAACUUCCAUAGAAUCAACAUUUGCCAAAAUAACGGUAAACAGUAACAGUAUAACAAUUUACAUUAAUUAUAUAAAAUGUGUGUGUAUGUGCGUGUGUCAGUCGCUGUCUGCAUCUUCA